AUGUCGUCCGUGUCCCGAUCCCGCCCUAAUGAGGACACUCUGGGCUCUGAGAAACGACGGCGUGCCUCGGACAGCCCACCGUCGGUGUUACAGACUCGACGAUCCCCUCGGGGAGGCGGUUUCGGUCUUCAGCUCAGCGGGUCCGAAGGGCUCUGGCCUCCGCGGGGUCCAGAGAGACCCGGCCCCAGGUCUGGGGAGCGGCCGCCACCGCCAGGGAUCCGCACGUUUGCCGCCUCUUGGUCCACCUCUUCCGUCUCUGGCGGCUACCGCUACCACCACUAUGCGGGAGAGCGUUUGUGGGCCGAGGACCAGGAGAAGGAAAAGGAGGAGAGCUAUCGGCAAAGGAGGCUGAAGGAAAGAGAGAAGAUAGGAGAGCUGGGCGCGCCCGAGGUGUGGGGACUGUCACCCAAGUUUCCUGAGCCAGAUUCGGAUGAACACACACCAGCUGAAGAGGAGGUGAAGAACCCGAAGAGCAGCGGUUCAGACGUGGCCAGUGAAGAAAAAAGCACGAAGACCGGUCAUUCAACAAAGAGAAAAAAGAAGAAAAAGCCCUCCAAAAGGAAACGUAGAAAGUAUUGUGACAGUGACAGCAAUUCAGACUCUGAUGUUCAGUCUAGCUCUGGGGGCGAUAAAAGGAAAGUGAAAGCCAGGAAGAAAGAGAAGAAAAAGAAACACCGGGCAAAACAACUCAAGAAGAAAAGGAGGACUAGGAAAGAAUCCAGCGAGAUACGCUGCGAAGCUUUAGAAAGGGAAUUGCCAGAAGAUGCGUGGAUGGAACAGUCAGUGAGUGCAGAUGCCCUGGAUUUAAUAGGCCCCAAAGCACCGGUAAUACAUACCUCUCAGGAUGAGAGACCUUUGAAUUAUGGCCACGCCCUGCUUCCAGGUGAAGGCGCAGCCAUGGCUGAAUAUGUAAAAGCUGGAAAGCGUAUCCCACGAAGGGGUGAAAUUGGGUUGACGAGUGAAGAGAUCGCCUCCUUUGAGGGUUCGGGUUACGUCAUGAGUGGUAGCCGACAUCGCCGGAUGGAGGCUGUAAGGCUUCGGAAAGAGAACCAGAUUUACAGUGCUGAUGAAAAAAGAGCCCUUGCAUCCUUUAACCAGGAAGAGAGGCGGAAGAGAGAGAGUAAGAUCCUAGCCAGUUUUCGAGAAAUGGUAUACAGAAAGACGAAAGGGAAAGAUGACAAGUGAAAACUUGCUUGUUGCUCUGCGGGACUUUUAAACAACAAAGGUUUUGUAUGGCGAAAAUAAUAGUAAAUGCUUCUACGGUUCCCCAGUGAUACUGCGCUCACUAUGCUUCUAAGUACCCUAGGGAAACACUUUUUGAGACUUCACUAGAAAGUUUUACAAACAUUUCAGGGAAUGAGUGAAAAGGUGAAUGUCACUCCAGUCCCACCCCCCUCUCCACAAGCAAAUUGUCUUCCAUAUUCUUUUGUGGUUUUGUGCAUAUGCAAGGUAUUUUGCAGAACAAAAGUUAGUACUACUAAACGGAAGAGUGCCCCACCCCAUCUGUUAUUGUGAUUCCCCCAGGAGUAUACCUUUUGGAGUCAUUUGCCCCGGAAAGACAAAAAGAACUUGAGAGCUAUACCCGAGAAAAUAACCAUUUGGACCUAUCUGGAUUCAGUGGACUGUGUUCUGCUGGCUGUAGUUACCAGACUUGGUGAAAAGAAACUGAGUUUUGUAACAGAAAAGCCUAGGACCUAUGUUUCCAGCAUAAUGUUAAUAGAAUUUGGGCUUUUUCUCUUUUUCCUUGACUCGUUUUCUAGAGUGGUUUCCCUUACAGAAAGAAAGAACUGCCAAAUCUCUUGAAAGAAUAUUUCCUUUUGAAGUGUUUGGUUGUUUUCUUACUUUAAUUCAAUGCUGUUUCUUCAUAAUAAGAAAGUAGCACCAUCAGCUGUUUGUGCAUUGUAAAAUUAGGAGAGUCUUGCUCUUUCUCUGACCCUGUGCCAGUUUUCCUCUGAUCCCUCUUAUUGCCAAAGGGAAGAUCAUGGGUUUGGCCAAAAUGGGAUGCAUAUAACCAAAUUACAAUGGUAUUUAAGGCUAAUGAUAACAAUAUUCUGGUAAUUUGUUAAUAUGUACUCUUGCUUAAAUUAUUGAUAUGAUAGAACCUUUAUAACCACUUUUUGAAAGAUGAGUUCAUAAAUUUUGAACAUCAGAGCCUAGUUUAGUCUGAAAGUAGAUAUAUAGAUCUACUUCAUAUAUAUUGUGUUUACCUGCAGUCAUUAAGAAGCUGAGGUAUUUUCUCCCAGAAGCAGUACUUGAGAGUAGUUUCUUCUCCAUGUAUGUUACUACAUUACUGAAAGUUUUAUCCACUAUUAAUUUAAGACAAUCUUAUUGGAGUAAGUUGUUUCACAGUAGUUUGUUUACGAUGUCAUAUUUAUUUCUAGACUUUUGUGUAUCUCUCAUGUUUCUUUACUGAGUUCUUCCAGUGAAGUAUUUAGAAUCAUCUUUAUGUGUAGCAUAUUUUUAUUUUUUUUUUAUUUUUUAACUUUUUUUGUAGCUUGAAGGGUUAUAUUUCUUUUUUUAUUUUUUUAUUCUUUUUUAAUUAGUAUUUCCAUAUUUUAAUUUUUUAUUGAAAAAAUUUCCGCCUCCUCCCCGCCUCCCAUUUCCCUCCCCCUCCUUCCACUCCUCUCCCCCUUCCCCCACUUUUCUCCCCCUCCCCCCCACUCCAUUCCCCCUCCCUCUCCAGUCUGAAGAGUAGUCCGGAUUCCCUGCCCUGUGGGAAGUCCAAGGUCCUCCCCCCUCCAUCCAGGUCCAGGAAGGUGAGCAUCCAAACUGCCUAGGCUCCCACAAAACCAGUUCAUGCAGUAGGAUCAAAACCCAGUGCCAUUGUCCUUGGCUUCUCAUCAGCUCUCAUUGUCCGCCAUGUUCAGAGAGUCCGGUUUUGUGAAGCAUUUUAAACAAGAUCUGCUGAGAUGCUCUUGGUUUUCUGCAAGUUCUUCAUUAACUACACAGUUACCUCUCAUGAUAGAUGAGAGAAGAGCUCACAUUUUCCAAAGCACCAAAUCCAUCUUUUCAAUCAUGUUCCAACUUCAGGUAGACUGUAGUAAACACCUCCCAGAAAUUGCUCUGCAAAAUUACCUUUUCAGACUGUUUUAAUACCACUUUUCCCCCAUUUGUUUCAUCACAGUGAGGAAAGUGUGGGUCCUGUGUAUAGUUUCUCAAGAGCACCUGCCCUCAGCUACCAGUACCCAGGGAUCACACCAUAGCCUCUGUAGUCCAUUCUUCUCCCCACAGGGCCACACUAGUAGGGUUUCCAAGGUCACUUCCAGGAAAGAAUAUUUCUGACGUGGUAUUCUUAACAAGAUUUGCCUUAGUUGAUUGGCAUAGUUUACAUAUCUGCUUGGAAUAAGUGCUGUUGCCUGAUGAACAGAAUAGCUUACUCUGGGGCACCGCACUAUGAUUAAUAGGGAGGCCACAUAAGGAGGACGUGGUUAUCUGAAAAUACCAUGUUGGGCAGGGAAGAUAGACAAUCAACAAAUGCCUGCUGCAGUUUUGAAUUUUAAAAUGUGUGUGUUCAUAACAAGUGCUGGUAGUUUACAAAGAAAAGCUUGAUUUUAUUGGCCAACUCCUGAUUGAAAAGGACACAGGGUUUAUCCAUAAAUAAAUAUAGAAAGGCUUAAGAUUCAGGGUGCUGAAGUCUUCCAAAGAAUAGAUUAGGACCACCUAGAAAGAAAGAACAUUUGUGGAGAUACAGGGGAUAAGACUGUGCAAAGCAUAUGACGAGGUCUUUUGUUUCUAAGGAAGACCUCAGAGUGAGCUGCGAUUAUGAUCUACAGCCAGGCAUUUGUUGUCCAUAGGGACAUUGAUAUGUACUGACACCGAUAUUGUAGCACUACCCAAACUAACUCACCUCAUUUCCAAAGCUUCCUUUACAAGGCUCAAAACGUUAGUAAGCCCUAUAGAGUUGACAACAUGGAGUGGGUUCCAGAAUCUGGAAGGGCAGUAUGGUAUGGAAGGAUACCUUCAUUCAGAGCUGUAACUUGUUUCAGGUCACACCAAAGGAAGUUGAAGGAAGUUGGUGAAAGCUGUGCUUGUACAGCUGCACAUUCUAUCUAUGGAAACUACGCCUCACUAUAUACAGGAAGGACCACUUCUUUCACUUAACGGUACAUCUUAUGUUUUGUAUCAAUACAUAGAAAUCUAAUUUUCAAAUGAUUUUAUAAUUUCCAUCAAAUGUGUUUCUGGACACGUGGAACUCUUCUGGCUUAAAGUCAAUAGAAAUGAACUCAACCCAACAAGACAGGUUGGGCCCUGGCCUGUGUCUGAGGAGAGCAGUGGUGCAAAGACAGCAGGCUGGGGACCCAGGCAAGGGCAAGGACUGGGGAGGCUUUCAGAAGUGGGUUAUGGUCACUCCUUUGUAUCGGCUGUGAGCACCAGCAUUGAAAGGUAUUUUCUCUGCACAAAUAUUUCUUGUGUAAAGAGGAAAAUAGUGCUUUGUGUGUUGUAAGUACUGUAGAGAAGUCUGUAAGUUAGCCUUAGCCACUAACACCUUAGAAUUUAUGAUCAACAGGGGUCAAACUUGAAAAUGUUUAAUUACAAAUUGCAUCACACUAUAAAAAAUAUAAGGCUAGAAAUCUAAGAAAUUGGACUUUCUGAGACAGUUAUUAGUGAAAAACUAAAUGUCACAUUUAAUCUUCAUGCUUUCAAAUUUUAGUAGAUACUAUAAUGAUGCUUUCUAGGAAGAUUGACAGGCCAACAUCACCGCCAGCGUUGUACUUUUUCAACAAGCUUUCUGUCUUUGUUUUUCUGGUCAGUGAAAGUGGAUUUUCACUGUUAAUUUUAUUUUCCCUUGUCAAGACUAAAGCAAAGCUUCUUUUUCAGUAUUUCUUAUUUUGUAGUCCUUGUAAUAUAAAAUGUUCACUCUAGUGUUUGGUGGUUUUAUUUGGGGAAUGUUGGUCUUCUUAUUCAUCAUAAAA